UCUUGUUGGCUAUUAAAAUUCGUUCAAUGUAUAAUUAGACAUGAUUGUAUUAUUACGCCAUCAUUAUCAUAAAGUGCAAUCAUUCUGUCAACAUUGAAAGUGAAGUGAAACAUACUGUCAUUUUUCAAAGGUCGUCGUGAUGGUUAUAAUGCAAUAAUUUUGCUAUGGAAUCUAAUCAAGAAAAAAAAUCUAUGUCACUAGAGCAAGACUCAGCCAAAUCAUUGAGUACUAACUCAAAACUAAGUAUUGAUCCGGAAAGUCAUUUGCAAAGUCUUGGUUUUACAGUAUAUAAUGGAAAGGCUAGAUUUAAAUUAGAUGAGGAUGCACCAUUGUAUUGUAAUAGUGCAUCAACAAACUUUUGUGCUGUUGAUGCAGAUGAUACAUUAUCCUUUGUGGUACUAGGUAAAGAUUCAUUGGAUUCUAUUCAACAAUUGUCAGUUGCAUCAUAUGUUGACAUUCAACAAAAGUGUAUGUCUACCGACUAUAAUUCCAUGAUAGCAUCAUGGGAUUCAACAGAGGUGCAUCACAAGCUAAAUGAACUAUUACAAGAAAAUACAAAAUUGAAGGAAACUUUGAAACAGAAUAACACAGCUAUGAAACAUCAAUUUAACACAUUAGCAACCUGGCAGGAAGAGAUUAUGAAAGUACAUCAGAAUCAUAAGAAAAAGUUUGCUGAAACCAGGGAAUUAAUAAACUAUUUAAAAAAGGAGAAUACAGAACUGAAAGUGAGGCUUAGUUCUGAAAUAACCAGUCACACAGAAAUGGGAUAUGAGAUUAUUGAUGUAAGUGAUCAACAAAAUAAUGUAAAAGAAAAUAAAAUGUCUAAUCUUGAAGAAGGACUUAGUAAAUCAGUUCUUUGUGAACUAGAAGGGGUAUUGAAUGAAAAUACAGAAGAAAAUGCAAGAAAAGAAACUAUAAGUUCUGAAUCUCUUCGUAAAAUUGUAGAUUCAGAAGAACAAAAUACUGAUAAAAGAUUACUUGAAGAAGAAAGGAAAUAUGUUAGUUUCCUUUCUUUAUUAAGUGCUACCCUUGAAGAAGAAAAGAAAUCACUUGAAAAUCAAAAAAAGGUCAUUGAAGUAGAAUACAAACAUCUAAAUGAUGCUAAAGAUCUUCUCCAACAAGAGAGAUUAAGUUUACAAGAAGAAAAAGCAUCGCUAGAUCAGCAAAGUCAAUUGUAUGAAACUCAUUACAAAGAGACAUUAGAAGCGGAAAGAAACAAAUUCGAAGUCAAAUAUAAUGAUCUAGUUACCGAGCUUGGUAUGUUACACGAAAGUCUCGCAAAUAAAGAGCUACAUACAAAAAAACUGGAAACAGAACUAGCGCAGCAUAAAGAAAAAAUCAAUGUGUUAGAAACACAAUUAAAACUUUAUGAACAAGAUUUUGAUGAGGAGAGAAAACUAAAAGAGUCGCUAUUACGAGAGAAUGGUGUACUGAAUACGGAUUUGCAAAUACAGAUACAGUUUAACAAACAUUUACAUGAAGAGGUUGAACGUCGAGCUACGUCUUCAAGUGAUGUACGUUUGCAAGCUCCCGAGGUGUCAAUAUUCUCCUGUCCCAUAUGUUACAAUAUAUUUAGUAAUACGGAAAGUUUGGAAAGUCACGUUGAAUAUUGUUUGGCUUCAGAUUAGUAUAACAUUCUUUAAGAUUAUAUGUAUAACUGUAUGUAUCAAAAUAGUAAUAUACAUACAAAGGUUACUAACAUUCUAAUAAUAAAGAGCAUACAAAUUUUAAUGUAAUAGCACAGACGAGGUACAGGAUAGACAUUGCACCAGAGACGAGGUUGCAAAUGUAAUAAAAUAGGAUUUUUUACAUCUGUCGAUUUUACCAUCUCUGAUGGUUGGAUUGUAUGUAAUUCCUAAAGUCGGAUAUAUUUCAUAAAUAAAAUCUUAACUU